UUCAGAUCCUUUUGGACACGGGAAGUGAUGUCAGAGGACACGCCCACAUCUGAUGAUCUGAUCAUCAUGUGACCACCAAUCAUCAACCUCCAUGUCUGUGAAGUGGAGUCAGCACAGGAAGUGAAGACACAAACUGCAGUUCCUCUAACAUCCACUUGAGGCUGGUUCCAGAAGUGAGUCAGUCUCCAUAAGUUCCCAUGUUAAAAGUCUCUACACUGUGUUCCAAAGUAUUAUACUGUUUUUGUUAUUUUUCUCCUCAAUAAUCUAUAUAAUUGGUAGUCAAUAGGAUUAUUAUUUUUUUGCAAAAUAACACAAAAUAGUGUUCCGGAUUAUUCUGAGUUCUCAAACACUACAAUAGUUUCUAAAGGAUUGAAAACAGAAAUCAGUUGUAUUUUUUGCAUUGGGGGUCAUUUUUUCAAAUCAAAGCUAUUUCAAUCAUAAACAAACAAUUUACAGAUGGAGUUACAUAUUAGCACAGGAGCCCUUCUUUGAUAUCACCUUAUCAACUCUCAUCCAUUGUAUUUCCUUUGAGGAUGCCAGAAUGAGGGUGAAUUUUUAUAGAACUCACCUGUUCAAAUUAUAUUACAGCUUAAAGUUAUGCAGAGCAUGGACGCUUUGAUUGACAGGUGGGUUAAACUGUUAAAUUGAUCUGAAUCAAUACACAAAUGAGAAACACCACUGAAGAAGAGAAAGAUCAGAUCAAAGCGGUGAAGAAACAACCAAAGAGAGAGAGAGACGAGGGGUUACAUCACUACUGUCAGCCAAUCACAGAGCUACAAGACAGAGACACACACACACAAACAGAGAGAGAGAGAGAUGAUGGUGUCUGCAUCAUUUUCUAGAUGAGAAAAAAAUGUUUCUUUCAAACAAGAAGCAAUGCAGACAAGAAGAGAAGAAACAGGAUGACGCGAUGAAGACGGAGUAAAUCAGUGAUUUUGCAUGAAGACGAAAACAUUUUACGUUCUUUUGACUACUGAAGAACAGACCUGAUCAUGAUGAGUACACACAAAAAUCUAAAGAAUACAAGCUCAGGCUGUCAGCCUGCUGAGACACACAGAGCACUGAGACAACACCUGGGACAGGUAACAACAAGAUGUUGAGUGCAGCUGUGCUCUAUCAUGGACAAUAUGACACCUGUCAGCCCUCCAGGCGAGAUGGAUCUGAUGGACUACAACUAUCUGGCCUUAGUCCUCGGCGUCCCUCUAAUCCUGGUCAUCAUCCUGGGGAACAUCCUGGUGUGUCUGAGCGUGCUCACUGAGCGCUCCCUGAAAACUGCCACCAACUACUUCAUCAUCAGCCUGGCGGUGGCCGACCUGCUGCUGGCAGUGUUGGUGCUGCCGCUCUAUGUCUACUCUGAGUUUCUCGGAGGUAUCUGGACAUUGAGCACCUCCAUCUGUGAUGCUCUGAUGACCAUGGAUGUAAUGCUGUGUACCGCCUCCAUCCUCAAUCUGUGUGCUAUCAGUGUGGACAGGUACAUCGCAGUGGUGCUCCCUCUGAAGUACAACAGGAACCAGUUCAGUGUCCGUCAGCUAGCUCUCAUCACUGCUACCUGGGUGCUGUCUUUGGGUGUGGCAAGUCCAGUCAUCUUUGGUCUGAACCAGGUGCCGGGUCGGGAUCCAAACGUGUGCAAACUGGAGGAUGAGCGCUUUGUGGUGUACUCGUCCAUCUGCUCCUUCUUCGUGCCUUGUCCUGUCAUGCUCCUCUUGUAUUAUUGGAUGUUUCGAGGUCUGCGGCGUUGGAGCGGUCGCAGUCGAUCUCAGGAAGGUCGAGCCAGUCGUCGAGCUCUCUCAUUACGGCUUGGUUUGGCUUUACGACAUGCUAAAGCCAGGACGACUGGGAGUCAAGGCGAAGUCGUGUACGCCACCCCGGCCAGCCUCAGCCCCACCUCUCCAUCCACUGUCUCUAUGACUACACUCUCAGUGACCCCAGCGAUGGAGCAGCAGCUGGACAGGGCCGUGACAGAGAGCAACCCAAUGACACAGGUGGACACCAUGUCAGACGGUGAGCCCGUGGAGAAGCGAGAGGGAGGAAGCAGGAGAGAGAAAAGCCUGAAGAAGAACUCUGCAAAGAGACGAAGAAGAAACAGUAAGAGCAGCAGAGUAAGCGGGAGAGAACGCAAAGCCAUGAAGGUUCUGCCAGUCGUCGUCGGUGUGUUUCUGGCCUGUUGGACACCUUUCUUCGUCGUCCACGUCACCAAGGUCUUGUGUCAGUCAUGUGACAUCAGCCCCACCCUCAUCUCCGUGGUAACGUGGCUUGGCUAUGUCAACAGCGCCAUCAACCCAAUCAUCUAUACAGCGUUUAACGUUGAGUUCAGGAAUGUCUUUCACAAACUGCUCUGCUGUCAGAUGUGAGACUAAAAUGGUCUUAAACUGACCGUCCUCAGACCAUCUCAGACUAUCCAGUAAUCACAUUACUGUCCAGUAAUCACAUUACUGUCCAUACAGCCCAGAUGCAUAAAAUCUGUAAACAUACAGAAUUGUUAAAUGUCUUUUCAUGUUUUUAAAGGUGGAGUUUAUUUUUGUCGAAAUAUUACACAUGAAAUAUUGUGAACAGGAAAAUGUAUUUUUUGCAAAGGUUAUUAAAGAGGGAAAUGCAUUUUAUUGUGAAAGUGAUCAUGAUGUUGGUAAAUAUUAAACAAAAACAAUUUUAUUGCAUAAACAAGUGAACUGAUGAAACAAGUAUCUCUGAAAGAGGAGGGGGACAACACUGCCUUUCUGUGCUCAAACACCAUAGAAACCACAGGGGUUACCAUGGUAACAUGGUUCAUACAUGUAACCUGCAGUAAACGUGUUCAGACCUCCAUAAAGAAAACAAAGGAUUUAGUUCUGUCUGCACAGUUUCAGCUUUAUUUGAACCACAUUCAUGUUUUGUUUUUAUAAAUUCUCUAAAUAUAUAAAAUAAACUGCAAAUUAUUAAA